CGCUGCGGGCGCUGAGGCGGCCAUGGCGGAGCGGCGGAGCGCGGCGGGCGAGGGCCUGGCCCGGCUCUCCGAGUGGGCCGACGGGCACCUCGGCCUCCUGCGGAACCUCAGCGCCGGGCUGGCGGCGGCCGGGCUGCUGGUGCUGGCCAGGAGCGUCCGCCUGACAACGAAGUUCACAAAUGCUUUGGAUAUACCCGUGGAGUUUAUUGAAAAGAAUGUCAAAUUGCGGGGAAAAAUACAUCACGUAACGGAGAAAGGUCUGCAAGUUGAACACAUUCCCAUUAGCAUUCCGAUCAUUACAUCAAUACAGAGGAAGUGGCAAUCAAAAGGUCUUUUGCUGGUAAGACUUGCUGGAGUGGAGCUGGCUCCAAGUGGCGUGGUCUGGUUACAGAAAGAGGUGAAACCCUCGCAAAUGGUAUGGUUCCAGCUUCUUGGAAGGGAGGACUUGGCACUCGAGUGCCGUGUUUUAGUAAAUAAGGGUCGCUUUCUCAGCGUGUGCUUAAAUGAGGAGAUCUUGAGACAAGGGCUCGGCAGAACAGCACGUAUCGAAGGACUACAUCAUCAUUCUCGCCUCUACUGGAAACUUCACAAAAGACUGCUUCGGGCGGAGUUAAAGGCCUUGAAGAAAAAUAAAGGUAUAUGGCAAGAAGAAAGCUUCUCUGAAAGAGUUAGAGACCGUAUAAGCAACAAUAAAUGUGUACAGACAUUGAAACAGUUUGUGAACUGGUUAAGAAGUUAUAUUUAAAGGCAGAAUGGGAGACUUGUCUAGAGGGAGGCCACGUAUCUGUGUUACAUGAUUUAUGUAAAAUAUAAAUUUGUGA